UCCACCUUCUCCCUACUGCUCACCUUUGCACCAAACAUCUCAUUUGCAUCGCUCUGUACCUCACACCAUCUACAUAUUAUCUCGUUGACGUACCUAGUACUCAUAGUAAACCGACCUAGUUGUUUCCAUUAACUGAUUCGAUCCAUCAAUAUGCGCUCCAAGUUCAAGGACGAGCACCCCUUUGAGAAGCGCAAGGCAGAAGCCGAGCGUAUCCGACAGAAAUACGCUGAUCGCAUUCCAGUAAUCUGUGAGAAGGUCGAGAAGUCGGACAUCGCCACUAUUGAUAAGAAGAAGUAUCUUGUUCCUGCAGACCUUACUGUCGGGCAGUUCGUCUAUGUUAUCCGCAAGCGCAUCAAGCUGUCUCCAGAGAAGGCUAUCUUCAUCUUCGUCGACGAGGUGUUACCGCCAACAGCUGCACUUAUGAGCAGUAUUUAUGAAGAACACAAGGAUGAAGAUGGCUUUCUGUACAUCACAUAUUCCGGGGAAAACACAUUCGGCGACCUUUAA